GGUGGGCACAGCCUGGGGAAGGAGAAAUUAAGAGGCAAUAGCAACAAACAAGCCCAAUAUCCACAUCAGAUAGAGGCGUGGAACAGCAAGGAAAAGAAAAAGCAGCUAAAGGUGCUAUAAAGGACCGUGCAAGCAAAGGGAUUUGGAUUUUCUCUUCUCCCACUUUCCGGAGCAAAAUGGGACAGCAGUUUACCAACGCUGAAGGGGAACAGACAGAGAUCGACGUUGCUGAAUUGCAGGAAUGGUAUAAGAAAUUUGUGGUUGAAUGUCCCAGUGGAACCCUCUUCAUGCAUGAAUUCAAGAGGUUCUUCGGCGUCCAGGAUAACCACGAAGCAGCAGAGUACAUUGAAAACAUGUUCAGAGCUUUUGAUAAGAAUGGGGAUAACACCAUUGAUUUUCUGGAAUACGUGGCUGCCUUGAAUCUUGUUUUACGGGGAAAACUGGAGCACAAGCUGAGGUGGACGUUCAAAGUGUAUGACAAGGAUGGGAAUGGCUGCAUAGACAAACCUGAGCUGCUAGAAAUUGUUGAGUCCAUCUACAAGCUGAAGAAAGUGUGUCGAUCAGAGGUGGAGGAGAGGACUCCGCUGCUCACACCAGAGGAGGUUGUGGACAGGAUAUUUCAGUUGGUGGAUGAGAAUGGGGAUGGCCAGCUGUCCCUGGAUGAGUUCAUCGAUGGGGCCAGGAAGGACAAGUGGGUGAUGAAGAUGUUGCAAAUGGAUGUAAACCCCGGGGGAUGGAUCUCAGAGCAGAGGCGGAAAAGUGCUUUGUUUUGAGGGAGCCCAGUUUUGACAUGGCUGGAGAUGUGAUGCAGACUGUGGCUGUGGCUCUGUGACUCCAGGAUGUAGUGGCUUUCCUUGUCAAUACAAUCUCAGCAUCCAGAUGAAAACUGCAGCGGCUAAAGAAGCC